CCGAGCCCGGCUCCGUCGAGCGCCCCGCCAGCCGCCCGCGUCCAUGCAGCCCCGCCGGCAACCGCCGCCCGCGCCCCGGCCCGGCGCCCCGCUGCUCGCGCUGCUGCUGUUGCUGGCCGUGCCGGCGGCGCGCGCGGAAGGGCCGGGGCGGCCGCAGGACGCGGGGCUCCCACGCGGGAUCCUGCAGCAGGCGGCGCGCGCGGCGCUGCACUUCUUCAACUUCCGCGCCGGCUCGCCCAGCGCCCUGCGAGUGCUGGCCGCCGUGCAGGAGGGCCGCGCGUGGGUUGAUCCAAAAAAGGGAUGUAAAGUUGACCUGGUGUUUAGCACAGAGCACUACAACCCAGAGGAAGGUGAGGAUCGUUUGGGGAAAUGCUCUGCUCAGGUGUUUUUCAAGAACAAGAAGCCCAAACCAGCCAUCAAUGUAACCUGUACUAGGCUCAUUGAGAAACAGAAACAGCAACAAGAGGAUUACCUGCUUUACAAACAGAUGAAGCAACUUAAGAACCCCUUGGGCAUCGGCAGCAUACCUGAUAGUCAUGGACAUAUCGAUCCCUCACUGAGACCCAUCUGGGACUUGGCUUUUCUUGGCAGCUCUUACGUGAUGUGGGAAAAGACCACCCAGUUGUUACACUACUACUUGGCUCAGCUCAGUAGUGUGAAGCAGUGGAAAACUAGUGCUGGUGCAAUUGAUUUUGAUUAUACUGUUCUGCUUCAUGAAUUCUCAACACAGGAAAUUGUUCCCUGUCGUAUUCACUUGGUCUGGUACCCUGGCAAACCACUGAAAGUGAAGUACCACUGUCAAGAACUGCAGACUCCAGAAGAAGCCUCUGGAACUGAGGAAGGAUCUGCCAUGGCACCAGCGGAGUUUAGUAAUUUCUAAAAAUAAAAAACAAUGUGGGCUGAGGGUAUGGCUCAAGUGGCAGAGCACUUGCCUAGAAAGCAUGAGGCCCUGAGUUCAAACCCCAGUAUCACCACCACCACCAAAAAAAAAAGAUCUGCUUAUACCAAACUCUAGACAAAAUGACUCUCCUAGCCUAAAUCAUUACUCCAGCACAAGAGCUAAGGUCUAGCAUUCUAGUAACUUAAGAAAGCCCAGGGUUACGAGUAAACAUUUCAACAGUUAAAAGACAGGAUUGGUGUUCAGUUGGUCUGCUUGAGUUUUGACUCUGGAAGUGUGCACAUCCUGACCUCUGCUCAGAGCUAAUCAGUAUCAGCACAUUCCUUGAGGUUUUAGUCCUAGAAGUAAAAACCUAGUCCAUUAGUAUAUGCUGCAAAUGGAUCCGUAAUUAUCUUUCAAAGGUGGUUUCAUCUCUGAAUUUGUGUUUCUUAAUAUUUUGAACAUACUACAGCUAUUUUAUGUUGCUAAAUUGCUCCUACCAAUAUGUCAACAAAUGUAUUUCAAUGCAAGCAAAUAUUAACUGUUUAUGAAAUUUUAGUAUAUUUUAUAAUUUCAGGCAAGUACUCCUUUUAAAUUGAUUUGACUUAAAUAAAUGUUUAU